CUCUCCCCCUCUCUCUCCCAGAGCCUACACCCAGCCGGAUCUCCUGUGCUGACGUGUCGGCUCCUCGAGCCCAGCCAGUGUUGCUCAUGCUCCGGCAGCGGCGGCCGAACACCGAGAACUGCCAGCAUGGCAGCGAAACACUUCUACCGACAGGGCUUUUUAUUACUUUUAUUCAAUUUUAUUUCCACCGCGGCCCUGGAGAAAAGGUUCUCUGACUUCAAGAGAUGCGCCGACGAGGAGUGCAGCAUGCUUCUGUGCCGGGGAAAAGCAGUGAAAGAUUUCAAGGGACCUGACUGCCGAUUCCUGUCAUUUAAAAAAUCAGAAACUAUCUAUGUUUACUACAAACUGGCGGGUAGAAGGGCUGAUGUCUGGGCAGGAAGUGUUGGAAGUAACUUUGGCUAUUUCCCAAAGGACCUUCUUGCUGUAAACCACCAAUAUACAGACAAAGAGCUUGAAAUUCCAGCAGAGGAAACAGAUUUUGUCUGUUUUGACACUGGAUUUGAUAAGUUUAACAAUUAUGACAUAGAUUUACUCUUAGGCUCUUUAGUAGGGGAGAAUGUCAGUGAAAAUAGGGAAACACCUGACCAAAUCCAAGUGGCAGAGAACACUCCGAAAGAAACACAGCCAUCUGAAGAUGAAGCGACUGAUAGUGAAAUACAAACUGAGCAUCAAGAUAACUGGGAGGAUUUUGAUGAAGGCCCGGAGGAUCAAAAUGCCUCUUUGCCUGAGCUUGACGUGGCAACUGAAAUGCCCUCUGCUGGAGUAGUAGAGUCUGAUACAACAGCCACACCUCAUGUUAUUGAAAGAGCUGAAGAAGUUGAGCAAAUAAAACUAGAAGAGUCAGUUCUUGAACAUGUGUCCAGAGAAUCUGGAGAGGAAACUGUGUCCAAAGAUGAUUUUGUUUCAGAAGACGAACCCAUCUCAAUUUCUGAAGGACGGCAAAUCCCUGUGCUGAAAACUACCCUUGGAACAACAUUUGAUGCUGUCACCACUGAUGAUGAAAUCACAAAGAAAGUCACACCGUAUGAAGGAGAGGAAAGCGAAGAUGUGGAAAAUCACGUCGAAGACAACGUUGAUGUUAUAAGAGGCACUCCAUUACUGUCUUUCUCCGAAGAGGCCGUGAACACUCCAGCGUCUGAUUCCCCCAAAGAGCAUGAAGCACCUCCAGUAAGACAUGAUGAUGAACCACAAACCGCAGAGGAGAAGACCAUGUGGACAACGUUGGGAGAUGCCGUUUUUUCGGUCGUCACUGGGGGGAAGACGACAGCACAAGAUGUGAGUUCAGAGGAGGAGGAGGAUGAUGAGGAGGAAGAAGAAGAAGCUGCCGCAAACACCCUUCAGAAUUCUGAGGAAGCAAAUAAACAUGUAGAAGAACCACUAACAACAGAAUCCCAGAAAGAGCCUGAAAACAUAGAGCGUGCAUUUCAAGAUGAGCCUGAUUUCAGAUCUGUACAAACAGACAAGAAAGAAGUGGUCAGUGAUUCUGGUGAGAUUCUGUUUGAUCGUGAUGAUGAAGGUGAUGGAGAAGUGAUCAGACACCAGGAAGCUAGGGAUGAAACUUUAAAACCCACAGGCGACACACUACAGAUACACCACCUAACAGAAGCAAGUAGAAUAUCAAAAGAUACUUUUGCCAAUGAUCAAGUCGAAAUAUCAGAUAUUAAAAUGACAGAUGAACCUACUGAGCACAAAGAAGAGGAAGGGGAGGUGGUGUCCAAAGAUUCUGAGGUCAAUGAUAAUGCAGAUAUAAAGGACAGUCGCUCUGCGAUGAAUCAUGGACAGGAUUUCGACAGUGUGGUCGAAGAAAACAAGACGGUAACCGAUCAAGUAUUAGUCAGUACUGACACUCGGCAAAAUCUGUCCACUGAAGAGACGCAAUCAAGGGAUUUAGAUGUCCACGAUGACAAAAAGACCGUAGAAGACAGCUUGCUGGAUCAGAUACGUGACCAUUUAAAGAAAGAUUUUGAGAAGAAUAACAGUCAACCAGAUUUAUCUGUCAUGGAACCAGAGAUUCAAGAGGAACCACUUGCAGAGGAGAGGGAAGAUGAGAAAGCUGCAGUGCUGGACAAAGAAAACGUUGAGGCGAGAGAAGAAUUACUUGAAGAUGAAAAUGCAAUUUCAUUCGAACAAUCAGAUGAUACAGACUCUGAGGAACUCUCUCUUGAACCUGAAACUGUGCCUACUGCCUCGACUCCCGAGCCGGUGUACAGUGACAGUGUGAUGAGACUGACUCUGCUGCGAGACCACUUCACAGAGGAAGACAUGGAGCGGGUCCAAAAGCUUCUGGGCCUCAAAAAUCUCUUGAAAGUGGAGGCCAUGUUGUCCGACCUGGACGCAGAGUUGCAGGCUACCCGUCAAUCGCACGCAGGCACCACGCAGGAAAUUGAGAAUGCACUCGAGGAAAUCCUGGAAGCCUCUGAAAACACUAUCCUGGACGAGAUUGAGAAGAUGCUUGACGGCCAAAAUAUAAACCACGAUUAUGACCACCACGUGGACACGGGUAGUAUGGACGAGGAGACUGAAAUACUGGAUGACUUCCAGGAGAUUGCAUUCAGCCUUCGUCAGAAGUACUCAACGGCCAACGACAGCACACCUUUAGCUGCAGAAAAAGCAUCAGAUUUGGACCAAGAUGAACAUGAAUUGAAUGUUACAGAAGAAACGUCCCACAUUGUCAAAGAGGACAAGGUUGACAGCGACCCCGGGACAAAGAGUGAAGACAACAUCACAGUGACAGUUCACGAGGAAGGGCCAGCAGAGACUGAAGUGGAGCAGAUGGUUUUGGAUGAAGUGCACACGGGACCAGAUGUCAGCGUGGAGGAGGAUGGCGGACACUUUAAUAAAAACAAAGACGAUCAGCCGGGAUUCACCGCAUCGGAUGAGAUACAGAAGGUCCCACAAGCCACUCUGGAAAAUCCUUUAGACAUGGGCCUUGGUGUUGAGGUGGAGCACUUGCCCUCAGGAUCUUUGGAGUCAAUGGAACCAGCGUCUGAAAGUCACGAAGUAGAAGUGGGAUUAUUCUCAACUGGAGUUGUUUACAUGGGCUGCAUCCUUUCUUUCACCAAGAGUAAAGUUCUGGAGUGGACCACUGUGAUGAUUUCACUUUUGCCAGAGGAGUGGAAGCCAGCGGAAACCUUGUACGGAUGUCCUUGGCAAGCGGUGGUCAUCACCGCUUUUGUUGGAGUCUUGACCUUCACCCUCUUCUGCUGGAGGACUGUGUUGGCAGUAAAGUCGAGAGACUACCUUGUGGAUGAGAAAAAAUUCACAGAGCAAAUCCAGGCUCUCAAAAAAGAGAAGAUCGAUGCCCUCGAAAAGAUGUCAGAACUCCAGAAGCAGACUGAACGACUGAAAGAAAAUCAGAAGCAGUCAAAGGAAACAGUUAGUUGUACAAUGAAAAGGAUACAAGACCUGGAGAGUAAGGUUUUGGAGGCAGAAUCACGAAAUGAGCAGAUGGCUCAGCAAAAGAACACAUAUGCAAAAAAUCUCGAGGAGGAGCGUACAAACUCUAUGGAAUAUGAAACCAGGAUUGGGAAACUGGAGAAGUCGAACGAGAAGCUGCAGCUCAGCAGGAAAAAGGUUCAGGAAGCGCUCGCUAAGACUUCUGUUCUCCUUGAUGAGUCCAAGAUUCGUGAAGACGCCCGAAAUGUUCAGCACAAAUGUCUUGGGAAAGAAUACGCAGCACUAAAAGAGGAGAACAAUACGCUUAAGACAAACAUAAAGGGCUGGGAGGAGAAACACAAGGAGCUGAGCGAGCAGAUCAAAAGCUAUCAGAAGUCUCAGAAAGAGCUGGAGGACUCAGUGGUGCUUAAAGAUCACAACGUGGAGGUGCUGUCUGAACUUCUGGCAGACCUGGAUGCCUGCGAUCUACAAAAAGGUGAAACCAAAGUUUUAGCCAACGGUGAAAUAGAACCUGAUAAGAAAACAGUCCUUAAGAACAGGAUCAAACAGAUGAUGGAUUUCUCCCGGGUCCAGACCACUCUCACAGUAGUCGAAGAAGAGCGUGAUCGCUUCAUGACGAAACUGCUGAAUGAAGAAAAGGCCAGAAAGGGACUGGAAGAACAACACCAGGAGCUGGAACAUGCAAUUGCAACGCUGAAAAGCGACAAGAGCCACGUUGAAAACCAGUUCAAGAUCCUCCAGCAGAAAAAUGAAAUCAUGGUUGAGAUGUACCAGCAGAAGGAAAACGCUCUACAGCAGAAAUUAACGAAGGAGGAGCUGGAGCGACGCAGCAAAGAGAGUCUGCUGUCCGAGGUGGGAGGAAAAGCCGUGGAGGCUGAGGAGCAGGUGAAAGUCUUGAGGCACCGCAUCAAUGAGAUGGAGGAUCAGAUGAAGAAGACGGAGGAGGUUUACAAAGAGCAGAUAAAAGAGCAGGAAAACAAAACUCACUCAAACUGGGUGAAUGCUCGAAAUGCAGAGAGAGCUCUGAACCAAGAGAAGCUUGAAUCAUCAAAGCUCCGGGAAAAACUGGCUGUAAUAACCUCCCAGCUGAAUGAGCGUCGUGCUCCUCUCUUCAGACCAAACUCUGGACAACACGCAGGCCCUCGCCAAGGUGACUCGUACGGGCCAUCUCCUGUGAGUGGGGGUGCGCCGUCCCCUCCGAUAAUGAUAGAGGGUCCCAAGCGACCUCCCUCUGCCCCAGUGGGGCGAAGAAUUGACCCGUAUGGUCCUCGACCUCCAUCAGAUCCUCAUGGUCGCUACCCUGAGAACAAACACAUCUCAGGGAUGGACAUGAUGGGUCCUCGCAGCUCGUCACCCGCCAACAUGGAUGUAUCUACACAAGCAGUAGAUCCACAGGUUAAAGCAGAGACUCAGGUCGAAGCCUCCACAGAGAGUCCAGAGCCAGGGCCUGGAUCCUUCCUGGCGUCUCCAAUCAGGGACUCGCCUGGUCCCACGGGACCUCCACCUGGCCCCGGACUCCACGACCCGCUUCUCCCUCCUGGACCCCACAGCCGCCUGCCUCCGCCCGGAUCUUACAGACCCCUGCGGCCGGGCCCCUACCACCUGCCACCUGGACCUCUCCCUCCGCACCUACCUCCCCCUGGUCACGGGCCUCCGCUACCGGCUAACGGACACCCGGGUAUGCCUCUGCCUGGACCGAUGGGGGGAGAGUUUGGGCCUCGACCCGCCAACGGACACGCGUUCCACCCCAGGCUCGGCCCCGGCCAUGUCGGCGACCCCCGUGGUCCACCACCACCACAUUUCCGUCCCCCUCCGUCUCAUCACUAUGGACCGAUGCCUCCACCACACGGUGUCCGUGGGCCUCCUGGGCCACGCCCACUGCUCCCCCAUGACAUGCGUUUCCCAGGACCUCGUGACCACGUCGGCCCACCGAUGGACCUGCCCCCAGGUGUCCUGCCCCACCCUGCACACCCCGGUGACGGUUACGGUCCCGGUCCACGCGAUGCCCUCCACAGUGGGCCCGGGCAGGACCCCCGCCUGAAGCAAGAGGCCCCUCAGGACUCGACAAGGCCAGAAAUGGUCCAGCCUUAAAGAAAUGCCAACAGCUCCGGCAGAGGACUUAAAUUUACCCAUUACCCCCGAACGCAUCACUCUAACGAACCAGUUCCAGUCCAAACAAAAGGUCAUGAUUAUUUUUCAUAUUUCAUUUAUAAAAUAAAAAAAAAAAUAAAAACUGCAAUGAUGUUUAUUUAAAAAACAAAAAACAACCAUGGUCCUUCCAAUAUCAAGAGUUGUCUGAAAUUGAUGAGUAUAAAGGGUUGCCACUUUUCUUAUUGUGCAAUAACAGUUUAUUAUAUGCCAGACUAUUUUCAUUUCUUGUUGAUCUUUUAAAAAAUAUAUACAAACAUAGUAGUGAUUUUUUUUUUUAAGGGGCAAAUUUUUAAAAGUCAUUUCCUGUGGAAAUUGUUUUAAAAAAGGAGAGAGAGAUUUAGCUUCUAGCAUUUCAGGAAUACCGUCAUUUUUCCCCAAAAGCUGUCGCUUUCAGAACGAACUGUCGCGCAAAUGUGUAAUUUCAUGGCCAGAUGUAUAACUUAUUUUACUACGUUGGUAGAAAAUUUUAAUAAUAAAGAAUGUAAAAGCUC